AUGGCAAGUGAUCAGUUACAAGUGUUGAAUGCACUUGAUGUAGCAAAGACGCAAUGGUACCAUUUCACGGCUAUUAUAAUAGCCGGAAUGGGAUUCUUCACCGACGCUUACGAUCUCUUUUGCAUCUCUCUUGUCACCAAACUCCUUGGCCGUAUUUACUACCACGUGGAAGGCUCUCCGAAGCCCGGCACUCUCCCUCCUAACGUUGCUGCUGCCGUAAACGGCGUUGCCUUCUGUGGGACCAUCGUUGGUCAGCUCUUUUUCGGGUGGCUUGGAGAUAAGCUAGGGAGGAAGAAAGUUUAUGGUAUGACUUUGAUGGUCAUGAUCAUUUGCUCCGUAGCCUCCGGUCUCUCGUUCGGACACAAGCCAAAAACCGUGAUGUCCACGCUAUGUUUUUUUAGGUUUUGGUUAGGGUUUGGGAUUGGUGGUGACUAUCCUUUAUCAGCAACGAUCAUGUCUGAAUACGCUAACAAGAAGACUCGUGGUGCGUUUAUUGCUGCGGUUUUCGCUAUGCAAGGGUUUGGUAUCAUGACUGGUGGCAUCUUUGCUAUUAUUAUUUCCUCUGUUUUUGAAGCAAAGUUCCCUGCGCCAGCCUAUGCGGAUGAUGCCUUGGGAUCCACGGUAUCUCAAGCGGAUUUUGUAUGGCGUAUAAUCUUGAUGGUUGGUGCUAUCCCUGCCGCAAUGACGUAUUACUCACGUUCCAAGAUGCCGGAAACCGCAAGGUACACAGCUUUGGUUGCUAAAGAUGUAAAACAAGCUGCUUCAGACAUGUCUAGGGUUUUGCAAGUGGAGAUAGAGACAGAGCAUGAGAAAGUGGACGAGACGUCCAAAGAGUUUUCCUUGUUUUCCAAGGAAUUUAUGAAACGUCAUGGACUUCAUUUGCUCGGCACUACAUCAACUUGGUUCCUCCUCGACAUUGCUUUCUUCAGUCAAAACCUCUUUCAGAAGGAUAUUUACAGCGCAAUUGGGUGGAUUCCUCCAGCUCAAACCAUGAACGCGAUUCAAGAAGUGUUCAAGAUCGCAUGUGCACAAACCAUCAUAGCCUUGUGUAGUGCGAUACCUGGUUACUGGUUUACAGUUGCGUUCAUCGAUGUCAUUGGAAGAUUCACGAUUCAGUUAAUGGGAUUCUUCUUCAUGAUGGUCUUUAUGUUUGCUCUAGCCAUACCCUACAACCACUGGACUCACAAGGAGAAUCGAAUCGGUUUUGUUAUCAUGUACUCGUUAACAUUCUUUUUCGCCAACUUUGGACCUAAUGCUACAACCUUCAUCGUAGCGGCUGAAAUAUUCCCGGCUCGGUUCAGAUCCACAUGCCAUGGUAUCUCUGCAGCGUCAGGAAAAGUAGGUGCUAUAGUUGGUGCUUUUGGGUUCUUGUACUUGUCUCAAAGUCCUGACAAGGACAAGACAGAUGCAGGAUACCCUCCAGGGAUUGGGGUCAGGAACUCACUUAUUGUGUUAGGUGUGGUUAACUUCUUGGGUUUUCUCUUCACUUUCUUGGUGCCUGAAGCUAAAGGAAAGUCGCUUGAGGAAAUGUCUGGUGAAAAUGAAGACAAAGACAACAAUAGUAGAAUGGUCCCAAUAGUAUAG